GCGGCCGUCCCUGCGUGUCCCCGUGCCAGGCGCGGCCUGCGGCGCAGGGACAGCUCGGAGCAGGUCCCUUCCCUCAGGGACAGUGUCCCCACACCUGCGGGACGAUUCCUUGCGGAGCAGGUGAGGGCUGGCCCGGGAUCCUGCCUGCAUCGCCGGAGCUGUCGGGGAUGUGAUCCAGGUCACACAAAGUCACCCUUGCCACAGGACCCAAAGCAGUGGCUCAUUCCCGAGUUUCUCCAGGAGUUCUGUCCUUCAGCUUCUUCUCAAGCAUGCAGUGACCACUGGUGGCUCCCUGCCUCAGAGAGCAGGAGAGAAUGCUCCAAUGGAGAGCGUCCAGAAAUCCAUUUUACUUCCCCUCAUCCUGACUGCCUCGCUGCCAGGUCUGGGCUUUUGUUACUCCAUCACAAAAGGCCCUGAGAAUGCCACAGUCCUGGCUGGCUCAGAGGCCAGGUUCAACUGCACGGUGUCUGCAGGAUGGAAAAUCCUCAUCUGGCUCUUCCAGGGCAGUCCUGUCCUCACUGUCCUCAGCUCCCAGGGCUCUGUGGAAACCACAGAACGCUUCAGCUCCAGGAACUACACCAGUGGGGAUGAGUUCACCUCGGAGCUGAUCAUCCACAACACCCAGCUGAGUGACUCUGGCCGGAUCGAGUGCAGCAUCCAGCAACCCAGCGAGAACAACUUUGCCUUUCUCUCUGUUCAAGUUAAUGGAUCUUUACUCAUCAAAAAUAGCACCUUAACAGUAAAAGACAACCAAACAAUUGAGAUUGUUUGCGAAGCCUUAGGAUGGGCCCCGGCUCCAGACAUUUCCUGGAUGACAAAUGACUCUUUGAUUGAUAAGUCCAACUAUGUUACCCAGCAAAGUCCAGGAUCUCAUGGCCUCCACAAUUCCCUGAGCACCCUAACUCUGACUCCGACGGACACUGAGGUUUUGGCUUGUUUAGCUGACAUAGAAGCACUCCCCAGCCCUCAGAAUGCAACUGUAACUCUUAUUUUUGACAACUCUGACGCGGAAAACUAUUACAGUGAAGACAACAGGAGCACGUGGGUUGUUGUACUUGCAGUUGUGCUUUCAUUUCUUGGCAUUGUUCUGCUGGUCGUUGUUAUUGUGGUUGCUGUGCGCUGCUGCCUGAAGAGGAAAGGAUCUAAUUAUCAAAAUGAAAUAAGAAAAGUUUCGGCUGAGAAGAAAAAAGAAGGUGAUUUGGAAAACUGGCAGAGGAGUGGCAGUGAAAAUCUGGGAUACAUUCCAGAGGAAUUGUGGAACACAGAGCAAAGCCCAGGAAUUGCCUCUCUUCCCCCAAUGAUUUCCAGGUUUGCAGGCCCCGAUGACAAUUUGCACAUCAGUUCUGUACCAAAGGUGCGGCCUCAGAGACGUACUGAUUAUCUGGUCAACCCAAAGAAAAUCAGGAAUGUGACACUCGUGUAGGAUGGACUUCUCCAAGAAGUUGCUUUUUCACAUGUUUGGAUGCCUUCAUGCAAUGGAGAAAAGUUAAAACCAGUUCUCUCAGUUUAACUUAUAAGUUUGUUUGUUUUUUUUUUUUUUUCUCCUCAUGCAAUGAAAUAAAAUUGCAACCUUUGUAAUGAUAUCACAGCAAAAUAAUGGACAUAAAUGAAAUUAAUAGUCUGCCCUAAUUGCCAAGACAAUGAGUUUGAUG